AUUCGUCAAAUUAUCACAGUACUACAUUGCCGUCAAUCACGUAAAUCUCACACAUUGACGUUGGACGGAUGCCCACACCACCCUGCGCACGAUAGCAAAUCUAAAUUAAAUUAAUUAAUUUAUUAGUCCCUUCUUCUAAUUUGCUCACCUUCGUCUCUCUCUCUCUCUCUCUCUCUACAAUAACAGCAACAAAGAGGAGGACGACCGACGACGACAGCAAAGACGUCGUAUAGCGGACACACUCAUUGCUUUACCGCGUUCGUUCAUCACAGACCAAUCUUCGUAAGACCAAUUUAAUCUGAUCUUUCUAUUCUUCGAUAAUUCAAACUUUUUCUCUGAAUUUUUCUUUCAAUUUCUCGAAUCGUUUGUUUGCUUUCCCCCGAGGAAUCAGCCAGAAAAUACCAUUUCUUAAGCACAUUCAGUUCGAAAUUAGGGUUUCCGGCAAUGACCGGGGAUCCCUAGGGUUUUGAUCGAAGUCGUUAGGGCUAGUUUAUCUGAUUGAAAUACUGGAUUGAAGCUGUUAGGGUUUCUAUUUCGAUAGAGUCAGAGAGUUGAAUGCAAUGAGCUUAGGUUCAGGGUUUAUGAUGGUAGAUUGAUCGAUAAUGGUGCGGCUCUUGGGACUGACUCGUGGAGGAUCGGACGAGUUGCCUCGGGAGAUCACGCGUACCAAUCCGACGAGUGAGACCGUAGGCGGAGAGAGCGGGUGGCUCAUUCGCUUCUUCGACUCGGCAUUUUUUUGUGAGUGGAUUGCUGUCAGUUACUUAUACAAGCAUGAUCACCCUGGCGUUCGAGACUACCUCUGUAAUCGAAUGUACACUCUGCCACUGUCGGGCAUCGAGAGCUACUUGUUUCAGAUAUGUUACAUGUUGGUUCACAAACCCAGUCCCUCGUUGGACAAGUUUGUCAUUGACAUCUGCUCAAAAUCACUUCAGAUAUCACUGAAAGUGCAUUGGUUUCUGAUGGCAGAGCUUGAGGACUCAGACGAUAAUGAUGGGAUAAGUCGAAUUCAAGAGAAGUGUCAGAUUGCGGCAACUUUGAUGGGUGAGUGGCAGCCUUUGGUACAGCCCCAAAAUGCUUCCCCUAGCCCAUUGAGCAAGAACCAAGUUCUUAACAAGUUACUAUCAUCGCGCAUACUGUCAUUAACAUCGUCGUCACCUAAUCAGCGAUCUAUCUCUUUCUCUCCUUCGUCGGGGAAUUCUAUGCAAGAUGAUGGUAGUAAGCUAUCUCCCGAUGAGAACAAAAUUUUUAAGAAAUUUAUUCCGGGUGUACGGGAUGCAUUGCUUUUUAGGAAAUCGGCGGAUAAAGAUGAUGAGGAGUCCGAGAAGGAUGGGUUCUUCCGAAGGUUUCUAAGAGAUAGUCGGGAUGAAGACACAAGGAAGUCAAUGGACAAAGAUGAUGAGGACUCGGAGAAGGAUGGGUUCUUCCGGAGGCUUUUGAGAGAUAGUAAGGAUGAGGAUGAGGAGCUCACAUCAAGCUCGGAUGGUUUUUUUAAGCGAUUAUUUCGUGAUAGUAAAAAUGAUUUGGAGGAAAAAGUCGUUUCAAAAUCAGUGGAAGAUGAUGAAAAAGAAGGGUUUUUCAGGAAGCUUUUCAAGGAUAAAUUUGAGGACAAGAAAGAUGGGAGUGAUAGAAAUGAUGAUGAAGAAAAAGUGUCGACAUCUGCUGAAGAUGAAGGGUUUUUCCGGAAAUUUUUUAAGGAAAAAUUUGAGGACAAGAAAGAAGGGAAUGUCAGGAUUGAUGAGGAAAGCAAGGGACAUGCCAAUGGUGAGGAAGAAGAUUUUUCAUUGUUUCGAAGACUGUUUCGUGUACAUCCUGAAGAUCCCAGGACCCCAAUUGCAAACGACAACAACAAUAGUUUCCUUGAAAGCAGUCCAGGAACAGAAAGUUUUUUCCGAAAGCUGUUUAGAGAUCGUGAUCGUUCUGUAGAAGACACAGAACUCUUUGGUUUGAAGAAACACAAAGAGCAGAAACGUCCUGGCUCACCGAAGCAGCACAAUGAGAAAUCCAAUACGAAGCCUCCACUUCCAAAUAAUGCUGCAUCAUUGUUUCGCAAAGGGACGUAUCACGAGUCACUUGACUUUGUACAAUCACUAUGUGAGACAUCAUAUGGGUUAGUGGACGUGUUUCCAAUUGAAGAUCGCAAAAGUGCUCUUCGUGAGUCACUCAUGGAAAUCAAUGCACAUGUAGCUGCCGCUCAGAAUAGUGGAGGAGUGAGCUUUCCCAUGGGAAAGGGAAUGUAUCGGGUGGUUCACAUUCCUGAAGAUGAAGCUGUUCUUUUGAAUUCUAGGGAAAAGGCGCCUUACUUGAUUUGUGUCGAAGUUUUGAAAAGCGAAACUGCUAGCAAUAUGAAGGAUGCAUCCAAUUCCCAAAAGCUUUCUAAAGGAGGAAUUCCUUUAGCGAAUGGAGAUGCACAGUUGCCAAAGCCUCCGCCAUGGGCAUAUCCUUUGUGGACUGCCCAGGAUGUGUAUCGCAGCAGUUAUGAUAGGAUCUCAAGAUCCGCUUCGCAAGCAAUUGACCAGGCAAUGGCUCAUUCGUGGGAGUCCAAAGUGAAAUUUGUUCAUGUGAAUUUUUCUUUGGAGAAGGAAUUCCCUUGCCAGUCAAAGAACAAUGAAGUGCUUAGUUCAGAAUGUGGAAUCCCCUGUAAUUUACAAUCUACUUCUGUUCCUGUGGACCUAUUAUCAAGAAGUCGCCAAGCUGGACAGGUUAUUACUCAUGCAUCAGGAGCAGAACAAGCUAAUGAUUUAGAGUGGGUGAGGGUCGUGCUGACAGCAGAUCCUGGGGUUAGAAUGGAUGAUAUAGAGGAUCAAGAACCACCUCGCCGGAAGGAGCAUCGCCGUGUUCCAAGUACAGUAGCUAUUGAGGAAGUAAAGGCUGCUGCAUUAAAAGGAGAAGCACCCCCUGGACUCCCUCUGAAGGGGGCUGGUCAAGAUUCAUCAGACACAAAGCCAGAGAUUACAAAUGGCGGUAUUCCUAAGGUUGGUGAUGCAUUAUCUGGUGAACUUUGGGAGGUAAAGGAAGAAAGAAUACGCAAAAAUUCAGUUUAUGGAAAAUUGCCUGGUUGGGAUUUGCGCUCUAUUAUUGUGAAGAGCGGUGAUGAUUGUAGGCAGGAGCAUCUUGCUGUGCAGCUUAUUUCUCACUUUUAUGAUAUAUUUCAAGAAGCAGGUCUACCUCUUUGGUUGCGUCCUUAUGAAGUCUUGGUUACUUCUUCUUACACAGCACUCAUUGAAACAAUUCCGGAUACGGCCUCACUUCAUUCUAUCAAAAGCAGAUUCCCGAACAUCGCUAGUUUACGUGAAUUUUUCAUUGCCAAGUAUCAAGAGAAUUCUCCAAGUUUCAAACUUGCACAGAGGAACUUUGUUGAAAGUAUGGCUGGAUAUUCUUUGGUUUGCUACCUAUUGCAGGUGAAAGAUCGCCACAAUGGGAACCUCUUGAUGGAUGAAGAAGGGCAUAUUAUACAUAUUGAUUUUGGCUUCAUGCUGUCUAAUUCACCUGGUGGUGUAAAUUUCGAAAGUGCUCCAUUUAAGUUAACCCGUGAACUUCUUGAGGUCAUGGAUUCUGAUGCUGAGGGAAUUCCCAGCGAGUUUUUUGACUACUUUAAGGUUUUAUGCAUUCAAGGUUUCCUAACAUGUCGUAAGCAUGCAGAGCGGAUAAUUCUUCUUGUCGAGAUGUUGCAGGAUUCCGGUUUCCCAUGCUUCAAGGGUGGGCCUCGUACAAUACAAAACUUGAGGAAAAGAUUUCAUCUUAGUUUAACUGAAGAGCAAUGUGUGUCCUUGGUGCUAUCCCUUAUCAGCAGCAGCUUAGAUGCAUGGCGGACACGUCAAUAUGAUUAUUAUCAGAGGGUUUUGAAUGGGAUAUUAUGAGUUUGGAUCCAAUAUUUCCAUUACAUUAUUGUGCACUUUGAGAAAGCUAUUUUAGAGGAUCAUUCCCAUAAAAAAAUUGCUUUCAUAGAUCAGUGUGUGGUAAGAGGCCAUUGGUUCAUUGAAGGAUGGCCUCCAAAGGUUUUUUUCUGGUGAAAGAAUCACUGAUAGCAGUUUGUGAACUGUUAUUUCUUGGUUUGAGAAAUUUGUAAUUGUAUCGGCAGAAGUUACUUGUUUGAAGUCUACCGGGCUAAAUCCAUUCAGCAGAGAUUUGUUUGAAGUUUUAUCCUUUAACGUUUUCUUUCAUGAAAGAUGAACUCUGCUGGCUGGUGGGAUACCUCAAUUUGACUUGAACGUGAUAAUUGCACCCUCAUUUUUUUGGAUGGCACAUUCUGUACAGUGUGAUUCAAAUGGGGAAGACAGAGACCGAACAUGAGAUGGCUGGUGGACCAUGUUUCUCAGAUGAUUAAGGUGUUUGCGACACAGUUUGCAAUUUGAAGCAGCAAAAUAUUCCACUCUCCGUCUGCCGCUUCCAGUUUUCUUUGGAGGGAGCACUGACGGAUACUGACAUAGGAAAAGGUGGCCUGCCGUUGUUUAUUGGUCUCGACCCUUUGAUUGCGUCAUUUCUUUGAGGACGAUUCUUCCAUACUUGCAUGAGUUGUUAUUUGCACUGGAAAAAUUGUCUGAAAGACAGCAUCUGGUUGUGUUGUAUAUAAUAUUUUCGAUUAGUCACAGUUAAUUUUACUGUGCAAUUUAUUCAUUCAACACACUAAUCAUAUGUAAGUGUGGAAGCUUGGUGGUACCGUUUCCGGGUACCCAUUUUUGUAAAAUAUCAGGGUGUAGAAAUAAUUACUCCUCUUUGUCCAAUGCUUGUAUGUAUAUAUCUUUUAUAUGUUGCCA